AUGGGGAGCGUGGGGCUGGACCAUGAGCUGGCUUUCUCCAAGAUCAUCGUGGAGCUACGGAAGAAGCACCCCGGCCACAUCCUGCCAGACGAGGACCUGCAGUGGGUGUUUGUGAACGCGGGCGGGUGGAUGGGCUCUAUGUGCCUCCUGCACGCCUCGCUCACCGAGUACGUGCUGCUCUUCGGGACGGCCGUCGACACUGGGGGACACUCAGGUCGGUACUGGGCAGAUAUCUCCGACACCGUCAUCUCGGGGACCUUCCGGCAGUGGAAGGAGGGAACCACCAGAAGUGAGAUCUACUAUCCAGGGGACACCAUCGUGCACCAGGCGGGAGAGGCCACGUCGGUGCAGUGGAGCGCGGGCACCUGGAUGGUGGAGUACGGCCGGGGCUUCAUCCCUUCUACGCUCGCCUUCGCCCUGGCUGACACCCUCUUCAGCACUCAGGACUUCGUCACCCUCUUCUACACCCUGCGCGUCUACGCCAAGGGCCUGCUCCUGGAAGCCAAUGCCUUCUUCAGCACCUGGGGCUGCUGAGCCCGGCUUGCUGGGGCACCCUGCCGGGCACAGCUGGCUCCUCUCCUCCAGUCUUCCUCCCUUUUCCUCCUCUUCCUCCUCCCCGAGCCCAGGCUCUGGCAGAGGCAGCAGGAGACCCCCUGUGCCUCCCUUAAAUUGCUCUGUCCUUCCCCGUGGGCCAGCUGGGUGCCAGGACAGAGGGACCAUGGUGGUCACGGCAAUACAGACCACCAGUUUUCUUUUACUACCUGCCUCUCCCCACUUUUGAUUGGAGCCAUGUCCUGCUUUUCCAUCCAUCGGAGCUGGAGUGGCCUUACGGGGGGGGUACAAACACCCCUGAGUGCCCUCAGCACGCAGCAGGAGAGGGGCUGGAGCUGGCUGUCCCCAGACUCUGCAAAAUCCCUACGGCUCCUGAGACAUCAGGAGGAGGAUGCCACCCUGGGGGUAAGGUGCCCGGGGCAGGGGGGAGCCGGGCCAGAGCACCCCUUAUAAAGGUCAGCCAAGAAGUUCCCCAUCUCCCUGGCAGUCUGCCGAGGCUGCGGACAGCACAGGGCGCUGUGUCCAGCUGGCAGCAUCUCCCGUGGCUCCAUCCCUGCUGACGUGGGUUGGCAGCACACAGUGUCACCCUGGCACGGGGCAGGAUCUGCGCCGGGCUCUCUCCCCUCCCCGGGCAGUGAGGGGAUACCCAGCCCCUGUGCGGGAGGUUCUUUUUGGACCCCUGUGUGUCAUCUCCUCCAGGAGACAUCCAGGGCUGGAAGAGAGUCCCUUUCCCCACAGUCCCCCCUCCUCCCUGCAGUCCCCCCCAUGGGGGAGAGCCACCGUCUGUCGCCUUAACCGAGAGCCCGUUCUGCGUGGCCUCUGGGCUAUGCACGUACCUAGUGUCUGCGGGUGCCCGAACCUCCAUACCAGCUCAGGAUGGGAUCUCGCCCCCUCGAAACGCUUCCCCUUGAGCUGUGAGACCUCCUGGGGACAGCCACCCCGCUCGGCUGCCGGCAUGGGAUCCCGGUAGCCAAGGGAGUGCUGUGGUCCCCCGACCAAGCCCGGCUGCGGACCCUGCUAGCCCUGCGGCCAGACUCCUGGUGCUGGCUCGCUGCUUGGUGGAGGGCUGUCACCUCCACGCUGCUGCCAAACAACCGUGUGUGUGUGUCCCUGGGCCACCAGGCCUGUCGCAUGUUGCUCCUCCUGCUCCCCGGACUGUCCCCCGUCCUGCUGACUGGCAGCCCUGGGGCUGCUUCUUAAUUUGCCACCUGAAAAGAGAUACCAGUAAUAAAAUUGUUAUCCCAUC